UAUACACUGUAUUUUUUAAGGUGUAACCAAAAUUUCAUAGAAACUAAUAUAUUAAAAAAAAAUUUUUUAUACUUACUAUUGUGAUAUAUAGUUUAUAUAGUAGAGGGGUCAGCUUAUCGUUGCUAUACUGGUGAUCGACCGUUGUGUCAUCCGUAUGGAUGGUAAUGCGAGUUAGUUGACCUUCUAUCGUCUCCGUGCGAAUUACCUACGUUAGUCAUGUGUUGCUAGUUUGUUAUACACGUAAUAUACAUUUAUAUUUUAUGUUAUAUUUAAAGUUGGUGUUCUUCAUUUUGAUAAUAAGUACCUUCUAGACUUAUAAGGAUUAUUAGAGUUCAGGUGUGGGGUAAACGCGUGGAUAACGAGUGGAAGAUUUGAACAAUGUGUUAUGAUGGUAGACAACAUUUAUGAAAAUUUAAAUGAUCCACUCAUUUUCUUAUUUUUUAACUUUUUGGCAUGGAUAUUACCCAAGUUCGUUAAUCUAAAUAAACUUUUUCAAAGUGAAAAAAGUGUAAUAGCUUUACUGCAUUCUAUAAUGAAGGAAACUUACGAAGAUCUGUUGUAUUCAUUUAUGAAAAAGUGUCCAGAUCCAUUUAAUUGUAAUUUCAAAGAUAAUACUAUGUUUUUGAGGAAUGAGGAGAUGUACUUGGGAUAUAAUGUAAUGUUGUUAAUUCAAAAGCCAGAAAUUAAUUCUAAUAAAACAAUGCUUGAUGAGUUUUAUGAGCAAUGCAGACAGUUUUAAUUGUUUCCUGUGAAAAAAUAAAGAAAAGGUAUGAUUUCAACAAUUCAACAUUAAUGAAACUCUACUAUUUUCAGCCAAAAGUUGUGUUGAGCAAUAUGUGUAUUAAUUCUUUAUAUACGAUUAAUCAAGAAAUCCCAAGAAUUGCUCAACAAUAUAAUGAAUCUGAGCUUCAAAUGAUCGAUUCUGAGUGGAGAAUGCUGAGAAUAAUUAAUUUAAAUAGUUUCAUUACAAAUAUUAAGGAUGUAGAUGAGUUUUGGAUAAAUUUAUAUAAUUUAGAAUGUGAUGGCGAGUUUAAAUUUAGAAAUGUAGCCAAUUUUGUUCUAAAGAUUUUAAGUUUACCUCAUUCAUCAGUUGAUUGUGAACAAAUUUUUUCUCAAGUUAACUUGAUAAAAACUAAAAUUAGGAACAGAUUGCAAGUGGAAUCUUUAAAUGGAUUAUUAUUAUCAAGUGAACACAUCAAAAGUGUAAGUUGUGAAAAUUUUACCCCAACCAAGUCUAUGUUAAACUUAAUGAAUAGUAAAAUGUAUAGUUAUGAAGAAGCCAAAGAAACAGUUGAAUUAGAAAAUCCAUAUUCUAAUGUUGUAGAAUUUGGGAAUUUUACAGCUUAAUUUUAUAAUGUUAUCAUUUGAUAAGCAUAUAUAAUGUAUAUGCUAACAUUUCUUAUACAUUCAUAUAUACAGAGGAUUACAAAUACAGGUAGCUAAUUGGAUUUUUAUAACAUCGAUAUUAGCAGGUACACAGCAUUGUUAUUAUCAAUUGUAGUAAAGCACAUUGUUAUGAGUUUAUAAAUACACUAACUGACAGAAAGUAAUACAGAAAGUAUAUCUAUUGAUAAUCAUAAUUGAUAAUAAACAAUCCGUGAAUGAGACAGCAAUGUCAUAAAAAUCCAAUUAGCUACCUGUAUUUGUAAUCCCUUGUGUAUUAUACCUAUAUAUUAACUCAAAAAAUUGAAACUUUAAAUGUUUAUAUCUAAUAAACAAAUUGAGUUUUAUUAAAAAUUCAAAUGCCAUUUAUUAUUGAAUUAAAACCUCAAACAUUUCAUUAAAUUAAAAAUAUGUGUUACCAUUUAAAAAAACAAAGUUGACCCCCCUCCAAGGCAUAAGGGAUGAACUUAAAAAGUAUUACAUAGUUAAAAAUUCAAGA